AAUUAUAGAUUUAUAUGGUUUAUUUAUGCUUGGUGUAGCGGCCGCAUCUGACUGCCUUCACUUACUGUUGAUUUAAUUCAGUUUAGCCCGAUUUUGCUGUAGUUAUAUCGGUUAGUGAGACGGUUAGACGGUUAGCUGCUUAGGCUAAUGGCCCGUUUGACAGGGCGGUUAGCAGCGCUGCUAACGCCGCUGGCUUCGCCUUCCUGAGGGGGUCCCGUACUAACCUAACCUGCCUGCAGCUUACAGACUGUCUGAAACAUUCUCAGCGUUUUACUCAGUUUUUAAUUCCGUGUGCUGUCUGGAGAUGAGCACCGGCAGAUUACGUUGUGGUCAGAUGGCUGUAAUGUUCUCAAAUGUCAAAUACAGAGCCAUUGACUACAGCUGCGAGGUGUCAGCCAGACACAGGCUCACGAAGAGCCUGCUGAUGCUACCAGUUCCCAUCCUGCUGGACAGAAACGUCUACCCCCACACAGGGCAUGUUCAGAAGACGUACAGAACUCCAUGGACGCAUGGAAACCUGAGGUCCAUGUGUCAACUUGAAUUGGAAUUGACUGGGUCGGUUCUAGACUGUUUGAAGACCGAACUCUGUGGGCUUGACUCUUUGGAAAGGUUUGGGGUCUCUUUGGCUGAACUGGGUGAAGUGGUGCCCAGCUCCAAUCCUGUGUCUCAGGGCUCCGUGAUGUCCGAGGAGGCUCUCUGGCUGCAGGGAGCAGAGAGAGAAGCUGGAUGUCGCGAAUGGACAGACAGCUUCAGUCCGGCUGAUAUAAACUCAGCCUGUUUUAGUUACCAAGAUCUCUUCCUCCCUGAGGAGAUGAUAGUGAGCGAUCCUCUGAGGCAGUUUCGGAGUCGACUGCCUCCGUUCCUGAAGUUAGUGCAGAGGUCAAAAAUUCUGGCUGUACCAGAUCCACUGCAUCUUCUGUCUGGAGUCUUUUUCUCUGGCAGGCAGCUUGAGCCUUACGAUGUGUCCUGUGACGAACCUACCAGCAGUUCAGCAUCUCAGUCGGUUGAGGAAUUCAGAAAAGAAUCCAUUUUGACUGUAGAGUCCCUGAUGUUGCCUGUUGGAAUUGAGCAGGUUGUGGUGCGGAAGAGGUAUUCCUUGUCCGUUACCAGCCUGCAGGAGUCUCUGGACAUCACCCCCGAACCAGCUGAGGAGCAGACUUCUCUCAUAGACGCUCUUAGGAAAGUCGCUCCUGCAGGGGGUCUGAAUUCACUGCGUUGUGAGAGAUUUGAUGCACCUGCUUCUGACUCGGAUGCCACUAACAGGACGGUGUCUCCAGGUAUCUUGCAUUCAAACACUUCAUAUGAGCAGUGA